GUGUGCAGCACGUUGGAAGCGGGAGUAGGUUCCCCGCAAUAUGGCGGCGGCCUUCAGCUCCGAUGGGGAGGCUGUGCUGCGGCGGACGCUGGACCCGGCGGCAGCGGCCCCGCGGGGAGACAAAGAUGAAUUUUACGAGGUGGACCGCGCCGCCGCCUUCGUGCGGGACGGCGGCUUCCGUAAGGUCGCCCUGCAGUUCCCCGAUGCGCUGCUGGCGGAUGCGGCGGCCGUGGCGGCCCGGAUGGAGGAGGUGACGGGGGCCGAGAUGUACGUGCUGGGGGACACCACGUACGGCAGCUGCUGUGUGGACGAGGUGGCCGCCGAGCACGUGAGUGCUGGGGCGGUGGUGCACUACGGCCCCGCCUGCCUCAGCCCCUGCAGAAAGCUGCCGGUGCUGCACGUCUUUGGGAGGCAGCCCUUGGAUGUUGGGCGCUGCGCUGAAGUCUUCCGGGAGCUUUAUCCUGAGCGGCAGAGCCGUGUGGUGGUGCUGAGCGAUGUGGUCUACGCCCACGCCAUGGGUGAGUUGGAAAAGCAGCUGUGCCACGAGUACCCCAACAUCAUCUUCUCCGAGGUGAUGUGCGGGGACGCCCCCAGCCCCACACUGCCUGGGGAGGUGAGGCAGUUUGGCCGCCGAUUCCACAUGGAGGCAGCGGAAGAGCUGCAAGACUGUUCCAUGUUCUAUGUGGGAGCUGAGGGCCUGGCCCUCACCAGCUUCAUGUUGACGUGGAACCGCUUCCCCUUCAGCUCCUUUGACCCUGCCACCGGGCACGGCCGCCGCGAGACCCUCAAUGUCAACCGGGCACUGAUGCGGCGCCUCUACCUGGUGGAGCGGGCACGGGACGCCCAUGUGGUGGGCAUCCUGGUGGGCACCCUGGGUGUGGCAGGCUACUUGGAUGUGCUAGAGCACCUCCACCAGCUUGUGCGCAGGGCUGGUAAGCGCAGCUACACGCUGUCUGUGGGGAAGCCCAACCCUGCUAAGCUGGCUAACUUCCUGGAGGUGGACAUCUUUGUGCUGGUGGCCUGUGCUCAGAAUUCCCUGCUGGACUCCAGUGAGUUCUACCGGCCCAUAGUGACCCCCUAUGAAUUGGAGCUUGCCUGUAACCCAGCCCGAGAAUGGACAGGGAACUACCUCACUGACUUCCGAGACCUGCUGCCAGGUGCCUGUGCCCACAUUGAGCUCCCGCCGGCAGUGCCGGCAGCAGAGGCCAUUCCUGACGUCUCGCUAAUCACAGGGGAGAUGCGUGCCACCCACCUCUGCGACCCCCUGGCUCCCCAGCCACCUUCUAGCACCACUCUGGCCUGCAGGGACCAGACGCGGGCCCUGGCAGAGAUGAGCCCUGCAGCCACCUUCCUGGAGUCCCGCAGCUGGCGGGGCCUGGAGCAGCAGCUGGGGAAGACAGCCGUCUCCAAGGCCGUGCAGGGCCGGCGAGGGAUUGCCAUUGCCUAUGAGGAUGAGGGCCGUGAACAGUCGUGAUGUGGCAGCAGCAUCAGCUCUCGGCCAGGAGCAGAGGAUGUGGAGGAGCCUGCAUGCUGUUUAUGUUAGAUCUGAAAACGUCUCACAAGGGUCCCUAGCUGGCUCCAGGUAGGAUGAGGAGCUGCUGCUGGCUGGCCCUGUGCUGGAUAUGGACUGCAAGGCGAGAGCAGGAGGUACUGCACCCCUGUGCUUGCAGCCAGGACAAGCAGCAGGGUCAGGACAAGGAGCUUGGUCUAACUCUGGCUGACAAAGGCUCUGCACGUUGCCUGGGCAGUAGGAGCUUUGUCCCUACAAGGAGAGGUCACAGCUUCAUGUGAGCUGACAACACUGGUACUGGCGGCUUGUAUAGGUUACUGGUUUUAACUAAAGUUGAACUGAGAAGGAGUUGUGAGUGAAUUAUCUUCUAGAAUAAAGUGCGGGCUGAAGAGUA